AUGGCUAAACGCUCUCCCGAAUGGAAGGCCAAGCAAGAAGAGAAAAGACGACAAGAUCGCCGUGAGCGUCGUCAACAACGUGGAUACAAUCCCGAAGACCAUAGACAGGAAGAUUCCCAGCGCACGAGGAAAAGAGCGUCGAGAAAACAACGAGAGGUAUCCAAGGGCUAUGUUCGCAAAUACGAAGAAUUUCUUCAAGAGGAAAAGGGCUUGCCAAAUGACUACAAGGUUGGCGAGGGACAUCCAGUGCCGACGUUGGAGGAGCUUAAAGAGUUCAUUCGCUGGUGGAUUUCAUCUACCAAGGGCAAAAUUGCUCCGAAUGGAAGACCUACUAGAGACUCGAUCUUGAAUGGGGCUCAUAACUUCGUUCCUGGUUUCUUUCUCGCAACUGGGAAUGAGAUACCUUCCAAUGAUGCAUCCGAGCUUUAUAGCUUCAUUGGGAAUGACUUGGUUGACGAUGGAUACAUCUCAGCAAUCAAGAAACCACGAUAUAACUUCCAGCUUAAAAGUUUUGAGCGUGCUAUUGUUGCUUUUUGGGGCACUGAUGAUGCCUUUUUUAUGCCUGGGAGAUAUCGUGUUCAAUUUCACUUCAUAACUCUUCAGUUUCUAUGCUCGGCUGCCAGAGUGUCUGCUCUUACUCCUGCAUCAGAGGAUAAAUUCGAACGGGGGCUUCGUUACAAAAUGUCACCGCAGAUGAUCCUUGAAGAAUUGGAUGGCGACUUGACCAACGGGGCACUGUAUAUCCUAGCGCUGGCUCUUGCAGAUGGCGCGCUCUGGGGAUUCACUUAUCCGGAAGAAGUUUUCGAGCAAAGAAUCCCGGAAGGGGAGAAUGAGCUAGUGCUCUCAUGGAAGGAUGAGGCAAGAGACCGAUGUAUCGUUAGAAGCGUCACAGCCAAAGGGGUCAGUGAAGAUCCAUUGGUAAAGGAGAAGUAUCAAUCAGACCUCCGCAAAAUUUUGACCUGGAUUAGCUUUUUCAUUACAGCCACGGUACAUGCUAUGCGCCGCAAGCUAGGGAAGGCAGUUGCAGGCUACAAACAAUACCAUGAGAACGGCCUUCCUCAUCAGCUGCCUAUGGAAGAGGAACAGAAGAUCAACAAGCACCCAGAUUUAGUUACCAAAGACCGGGAGAUCAAAAAUGCGCGGUCACCUGAUGACAUCAAAAAGUUACAGCAAGACCGUAGUGUCAUUAGGCGAAAGCUCUAUUCCAAAGCAUUACAGGAUUAUCACACUCUAUGGGUGCAGGGGCGACGUGACUGGAAAAUUCUAACUUGA